AUAAGAUUGUGGUUCCUGCUACCAAGUCCAAAGAAGUCAGUAGAAGUACAGAAAGAAGGAUCUGGGCUUUGGAAAAAACCAACCAUCCAAAGAGUCUAAAUCAAAUUUUUAUACUUUUACGCUACGAAAUGAAUAUUGACUUUACUGGUUAUUUACAAUCCUACACUAUAAAGGAUUGGAUACGUAUCUGCAUCUACAUUUGUGGAUAUCUCUUACUAAGGCCCUACUUGAUGAAAAUUGGAGAGAAGCUUCAAGAGAAGGAUCAUAAGCGAUCAGAAGAACAAGGAUAUGUCGACCCUCAAAUGACUCAUGGAAGAACAGAGAAGUUUCAUGGUGAAUUUGACACAGAUGAUGAGGAUGAAAAGGAAAAUCCCGAUGCUGAGUUCCGCUGGGGCUAUUCUGCUCGUCGACGUAUCCGCAAGCAAAGAGAAGAAUAUUUCAAAAAUCAAAACAAAUCGCCAUUGGAUGCAUACACGGAAGAUGACAAUGAUGCAGACAUUCAAGAACAUCUCCAAGACUAAGUGUUCAUUUUCGAGUGAAAGGAGUUUCUGGUUCUUCUAAAUUGGCUCGAAGAAAAGCAUAAUGGCUGUUUAUUAAUUCUUCAUUUUAGUUUUUCUCCCUUGAGUGUUCAAUGUAUUUUUGGCGUUCGUUCGUUUCUCGUUUUCUUCCACCUGUUUUCUUAUAUAAUUACUCUAAAAUCGUUGAACUCUCUUUUGUUAAUUCAUUAUAUGCUUUCUUUCAUUAUUUAAUAAAAGAUACUUAUAAGACAAGGUAACGUUUCAUCAAAUGAACGACUAGACCUCAUCUUUCGUAAAUUCC